CGACAACAUCGAGACAUUACAGUUGUCUUCAAUAACGCCCAUGGCGACAGCCAGGUUAUCGCCGACGGCGAAUCUUCUUCGGAAGUCCCGUCUUUUCGCGCUUCCCUCAGCCUUACCGUUGCCCCAGCAAGAUGCAACCUCGAAGACCGUUUUCGAAUCCGACACCGCAACCCUGCCUCAUCCGAUCCGAGCAUCCAUUGUCACCCCGGCUUCAUCGCUAGCGAGAGGAGAUUGGGGUUUGAAGCGACCGCUACCUGCAAAGUCGACAUCGGAAAAGUCGUCCCGGCCUGUCGUCCGCCUCAACGUACUCGACACAUUUGAACAUGUCACAGACUUCGAAUCUGCCGCCGACCACACGGUGACCUUGGAGAAAUUCCAGGAGCUUCACAUGCCCAUGUCCCUUCCUUCCAAGGUCAACUACGCGACUAGCAUGGUGCCUAGACAUCAAAGCCCUUUCGAAUCCGUGGUUGACAAUACAGAUACGAGCAAAGGCCUUCAGCAGCCUGGUGCUAAACAGUUCAGACAUUCUGGGCCUUGGCUCGCGGGACAGACAGAGGCGGAAUUCAAGGCUUAUCUAAAUAAAGUGCGCGAGAGGAAGCCUGAGCUACUUCAGAAGCUUCGUGAGCACUUCAUUGCCAAGCGAACUGCUGAACGCAGAAAGCAAGCCCAGGAUAACGGCGAGGAUCUAGAAGCACUUGGUCCGCUCAACGUCACCGAGGAAGAGUUCCAAAGGUACAUCAAAUCGCUGCGAGCCGAUCCCUUCUCUCUUGGCCCCGUGGUAUUUGAACUGUUGGAUCUUCCAUCGCCCCCGCCGUCCCUAGCGAUCACACACCCUUCUGCUGGUCUCUCAUAUACGCGGUCUCACGCUCUGAUCUACAACCACCCGAAAUUCGGACCCCAGGCAUACCAACGCCCCGUGCAGGCCCGUAUCCUGCGGCCGAAGGGUCGAUUCAAGGGCAAAACAUCUAAGGCUAUUGCUGGUGUUGGUGGUAUUGCGGUGGAAGAUCUCAACGCCAUGACUUUCAUUGAACAAGGCUCGCCAGCAGGUCUUGGGUACUUCGACGCAUCCAUCCCCGGUGGUGGGAAGUACUGGGUUACUCCCAUCCGUGCUUCGGUUGACUCGGACGGUAGAAUCGGCCUCGCGUCAUACCGGGCUAGUGCCACUGCUAAGGCGCCUUAUGGUAUUGAAGAAUACCAGAAGCCAAGCUCGACAAGUAUUUCCCCGGCCGCCCGUGCGGACCAGCGUGUGGUGCCCAGGUUGGACAAACUGGCAAAUUUGCCCUAUGCUCGGAGGGGACAGGAUAUGUCUGCAGCAGACCAGCCCGAUAAAGGUAGAGAAGACGUUGCACGAAACCUUUUGAGGACCCUCAGCUCUAUUUAAGAGCUUGUCACGAGGUCUAUAUCUGGUGAUACGGAGGGCUGCCUGUACGAUUAGAUUACUCUUAUUUCCUACUGCUCUAUUGAUAUAAAGUUUGGAUGCAUUAUGUAAAUUAAAUUCUGGGGGCAAAUGAACAUAUCGAAUAUCAUUC